AUGGCACGUCUGCUCAACAUGGACACGCUGCAGCAGAACUUUUGGAAGGAGGAAUACCUGAAGGAGAUCAUGCUGCGCUUUGGCUGGCACCAGAAAUACGGGGCCCUCGUCAAAGCCAAGCAGGAGAGCCGGCGGGAACGGCGCAAGAAGGCAGAAGACACCACCCUGCGCCUGCCCUCGGUCCGCCCCCCACCCCCCGUCAAGCCCGAGUCUCCCACUCCUCUAUCCCCGCCCAAGCCUGCCAAGCUGCUGCCCCGGGAGCGUGACCUGACCGGGCUGGAUGCCACCAUCCUGGAGAUGGAGAUGAAGCCAGCUCCCCGGGAAGUGCGCAACCUUCUGUACCAGGGCAUCUCCCACGAGGACGAAGGACGCUACCGUUACCUGAAGAUGCGCCUCCUUGACCCACCGGAGGAGAAGUACACCUUCCCCAUCACCACCAACUUCACCUACGGCUGGCAGAUGGGGAAAAUGGCCACCUUCCACGUGGCCCCCGUAGCCAAGUGCCGCACCGACAGUUUCUUCCGGAAGAAUGGCGCCUUCUCUCUGCUGCACCCGCGGGAUGUGGCCCUUUGA